UUUAAUAAUUUAUCCUUAGUUAUAAUUUAUCGUUAGAUUCCAUAUGGUAUGAUCAAACUACGCUGGAAUUGCAAUUGCGUUAAUUACGCAAGGUGACAAGUGAGAAACUUAAAUUGAAAAAAAUGAAACGACGUGAUGCGAAUCGUUUCAGGUCUACUGGAUGCAAGUAACGCGCAAGGGUUAAUCGCAGGAUGUGAAAUGGCAAGAAUGUAGACGUAGAGAUACAAUUGCACAGUUUGAAAUAUCGAAGUGUCGAAUAUCGAUAUCCGUGCGAAUGCGCAUUGUCCGGCUAUCUCUGGUUGCAAGCUCGUGCGCGCGCACUAAAAUACCCCCUCGUAGGUUACCGCGAGUCCACACCCCCGACGAAAACGAUGCUAUGCUAUCGAUCGCGUUGCUAUUCCAGAGCCGAGGCAAGUUUUCGCCAGCUGACAGUGAAAAGCACGGGUUCGAUAUUGUCGCGAAAAUGGAAUUUCAAUGUAAUUAUUAUUGGUGAACGUGACAGUGAUCAGUGAUACCAUUGAAUUCGCGAUUAAUCAGCGAAGAUAUUCUUAUCAAGCCAAUUAAACGAUGAAGGUGAUCCCAAAGAUGGCCCGGCUCACGAUACAGCACCCAAACGUCGAGAUGCAAGAGGAAAGAAGGGGUCAUUCGGCAAGAAGAAAACUGUUCCAAGAAGACGACGAUAACGAGAGUAAAUCAGGGCGAAACUCAGGUGUCGAGGACAACAUCGCGAAUUGUUUCUACGAGGAGGCUCGAAAAAAUCGCGAAAAUGCUAAAGAAAGGUGGAACUUUGAUUUUGAAAAGGAAGAACCCCUACCUGGUCGUUACGUGUGGGUGAAGCUUGACGAACACGGAAAUGAAAUCGGUGCACCUUUAGACUCGAGCAAUCGGGUAGAAAAUUUGCGAACGAUGCAGGAAGAGGAUACGCAGGAUGACGACGUAACAAUGGAGGAACACUUGGACGACAGAGAUGGCGAAAACAUGACUGACAGUACGUGAAACAAGUUACGUGACAUCCUUUGUCGUAAGAAAAAAAAACGAGAAUUUACUCAUUCGAUUGAAGCAAAAAAGACGUUUUAGUGAAAUUGCCUUUGCAAGUCAGGAAUCGUGAACUUUGAAUAGAAAAGAAAACUUUACUUAUUCAAAGGUUUAUUAAUUAGCCUGUUAGUUAAAUAAAGUCGUUAAUUGAAGAUAUUAAUUAGACUUCUAGUCAGACUGGGCAUUAUCGAAUGUCCGCAACGCUAGUAAACCAAAGUAACCAUGUUUUUAUUUUUAAAUAUAAAGCAACGAGAAAUUAUUCAUUUUUAAUGGCAAUUCGAUAAUCUAUAAAUCGUGAUAUUUGUUUACGUAUUAUUUAUAUUAGUUUUGUACAAUUUUUACACGAUUAUUUAACUUGAUAACGUAUAUAUUAAUGUAUUUAUUCGAACAGUGUGCAAUACGCGCGAUUAGCUAACGAAUGAUAUUAUGAUGUGAAUAAAUUAUACAAGGUGA